CUCAUAAUCCAGCUGUCAAAAAAAAGCAAUUGAACUGCUAUUAUGGCGCUAUAAAGAAGUGCCACAACUUCGACAAGGUUUGUUUGUUCUUGAAGAAUGGUGGGUCUUCUGUGUUACAAAGCCCAUUGGUGAAGGAACCUUUUUAUUCAUAUUUCUGUCAAUCGGGGGAUGAGAAUGUGAGGGCAAAAAGAUUGAUGACUUUGAUUGUUGGUCUUCUUCAUGCAUUUACCUUUGGGAGUGAAAAUGAUUCUCAUAAUAGUGCAGCCAGGCCUGCUUCGAUCACAGAUAUUAACAUCUGUGCCGCACUUCCCUUUCACGAUAGACAUCUCGUUUAUAUCGCAGAAAGGUGUCCAGAGCUCACAGAUAUCCAACUCCCUUGCAUGAAAAACAUCACAGGUAAAGGAAUGUCAAGGGCAAUGCGGUGCUGGAGUUGCAUGGAUCGGAUGAUGUGUGGACCAUUCAAUAAUCUACAUCUUCCCCGAAUUAUUCAAGAAAUCGGAGUAAAUUGUAAGAAUCUUCAUUCUAUUCAACUUAAUAAUUUCGAGUUACAGUGGCAAUCAGCAGAAUUGAUCGUGCAGAAUCUGAAAUCUUUGAAGAUGUUAACUCUGUAUCGUGCUAAAAUAUCGAAUUAUGGGCUAUUUAUCUUUCUCUCAAGGCGGAAGAAACCAAUUACGCUGCAUCUUUAUUCUUCUUCUUGUAUAGAUGAUAAAGACGAAGAUGCUGUGAAACCCGAUUUCAUGAUAUGGAAUGUUCAAGAAGGCCGUAGAACUAGGUGGGGGCUUGAAAUAUACAGAGACAUGCUGGAACCGAAAACCUCUAAAGGAUUCGCUGAUGUGAUCUGGAAGCUCCAUAAGUAGACAUUGUUUUUGUUCUAGUUUAGGGUCUUCAGUAACAAGCUUUUGUACUUCUCUGAACUUGAGACAAUUACUCCGGUCGAACAGGAUGCACCACAUAUGUUGGUUUAGUUCUAUUUUGGGGCCUUAAAAUCUUGGGAAGGCACAAGUGUAUGUUUUUAAAUUUUAAUUUGUGUUCUUAUAAUUUGGACUACACAGUGUCCUCUGAAUGCUAUCAUUUUGUUGUUGACUCUUUCUUCAUUUGCAAUGGAUGCCUUCGUUUUUAGUACUAA